UUGAAAAUUUUCCCACCCAAAAACCCCAAACCCCAUUCUUCUACGACACUUCCUAUCUCUUCCGGCUCAGAACUCAGGAGCGGAAAGGAGAAAUCGGUGAUCAAAAAUCUCCAACUAUUUGCUAAUAUUAAGGGACUUAAAUUGAAUACCACUGGUUAGGUUUGGUUUGUUUUAGUAAUGGCUGACUGUAAUUCAAAAUCCAAAAUUGGGUCUUCGAGCAAUGUCAGUGCCGGAUUAUCAUAUGAGAUAAUUGAAGAGAUAAUUUCAAGAUUAGAUGCAAAAUCUGUGAUACGACUAAAGUGUCUGAGCAAACAUUGGUUUUCCCGAAUAAGUGAGCCGAGUUUCAUGGAUGCUCACCACAAAAACCAGGUACAUCGAGCCCUACUGGGCUUCUCCCAUGAUGACAUACACAGUGUUGGUGGUAUUGUAAUGCGAGGCUCAAUUCGUAGCUCAGAAAACUUUGAUGAGAUUUCGUCUAUAGAAUUUCCUGUUUGCCGUAGGAAUGUUGAGUUUGUGGGUAGUGAUAAUGGUGUGAUUUGUUUGGUAGAAGAAGAUCAUAAUGAGGAUUACCUUUGGAACCCUGCAAUAGAAAUGGGAAAGCAUAAGAAACUCCCUCCUUCUCCAUAUGCUCCAUCUCGAGGUCGUAAGUAUUCAAUCCAUACUUUGUAUGGAUUUGGGUACGAAGGAUUGACCAAUGAUUUCAAAGUGGUGGCUGCAUCAUAUGGAGAUAAACAAUGUUGUUCAUUCUUUCAAAGAGGUGAGCAAGUUGCCGUGUAUAGUUUGAAAAACAAUUCAUGGAAAACUAUGCUCAUGUCUGACAUAUUUACUUCCUAUGCUCAUAAUGAUAGUGAUAAUGAUGAUAAUUGUCCUAAGGUGUUUACUGUUGAAAAGGAGAGUGUGGUUGUUAGUGGCUCUAUUCAUUGGUCAAUAUAUUAUAGCCGUAGAUAUGAAGGGGUAGAUUAUUAUUAUGGGGUAGUUGCUUUUGAUCUAAGUAGUGAAGAAUUCAAGCUCAUUAAACUCCCUUCAUCUUUCAAGUAUAAAGACUCUCCCUUUCCACAGAUUUUUAACAUGCGUGACUGCCUAUCUCUGCUCACUUUCAACUAUUCAACUAAAAUUGAGAUAUGGGUGAUGAAGGAAUAUGGUGUGUGGGAUUCUUGGACUAAACAUCUUUCGUUGGGAUCUUCUCAAAUAAAUCUCUUCCAAAUCUGGCCAUUAGGUGUAUCACAUAAUGGUAACCUCUUACUUAGCAAGCGAAUUGUUGAUGAGCCAAGUCUUGAUGAGUCUUCUCCUUCUACAGACUUUCGUACUUUGUCCUUUUAUGAUCCCAAGAGUAGGAGGGUCCAAUAUAUAGGCAGACAAGAGAGGGGCUCCAACUUUGCUACUUAUGCAGAGAGUAUCUUUCUAAGCUAA